CGUCCACUAGCCCAGAUCCAAAGAGGUCGAGAAAAGGGUCGAAAGGGAAGGGCAAGAAGGGGAAGUCCACGAUUCAGUCAGCUUCAGCUACUUCAUCCUCUUCCUCAAAAAUUCAAAUUGCAUCAUUGGAGAAGGGAGGAACACGAACACGAACAGCUGGGAACGAGGAUACAACGGAGAAAGAAGAGCAGGGUCCUCCAAAGCAAGAAGUUGUCAAAUUUAAGGGUUACCACAUUGCAUCCUUCACUACCAUCCUUGACUUUUUUUCCAGUAGGGAAAGGGUCAGGGAUGAUCUGAAGAAUGCAAUGUCGCAACCUCUAACAAAUGUACGGAAAUAAAAGACCAGAUGAGGAAGAGCAAGAGGUCGGGACCGUUAUCAAUUGACGGUGAUUGGUUUGCGGAGUCGUUACCGAAUGACAUGGACGUAGCCGAACUACAGAAGCAGACUCUAUCGAUCAUCAGCAACUCCCCCGCAACAAUUGCUUCUUCCACAACGUGCACAUGGGAGUGCACACACCAAGCUUUUCCGUCUAAGUCGAUUCAGCUUCGGCAAAUCGAUGAAAAUUGGGCUGUGGGGGAACUAGAAAUAUCGUCUAUGAUCACUACAGCCACAUCAGGACCUGCAGAAGCAACUACAUCUACAGUUGUAGUAACAACUUCAGCUUCAUCAUCAGCGACCACGAGAGUAUCUUCAUCAGCUUCAGCCGCACGACAAGCAUCAUCUCCGCGUCAAAUGCUUGCCGUUCGCGCUCACGGUCC